AAGAUGUUAGGGUUUUUUUCCUCAGUUCUCCUCCAACAAUCCCAGUUGUCGGACAGUGUGUUGAACCAGUAGCACGUAGCCUAAUGUUCAUGUCGUCUGCGCUCUAUAUCGACUCCAGUGACGUGGGCUGACAGACCGACGUCAUUACUUUGUAAUCUUUUUUUUCUCCAGUUCCUUUUAGAAAUGUAUUCCUAUUCCGUCCGUGUCUUCACUUUAAUGAAGAGAGACAGAUUUCUAGUCUUAACGACUGACCCUUUAAUCUGUGAAUCUGUGCGCAAAAAUACAGUAUAUUCUCUGUCUGAUUGUAUUUUGAGUGUUUUAUUAAUAGAGAUGUUUGUAUUAAAACAAAGAUAGACUAACUGAAAAGAGUAGCAAACACUAGCCAAAACUACUAAAUAAAUAUAGCCUUAAUAAGGGAAAUAUUGAUGUAAAUACAGCAAAAGGCUGAAUUAGCUCAGGGCUAGCCAUAAAUUAGCCAGACAUAGAAUUAUAAAAACAUAUUUAAAAUAAGGUUCAUCGAGCCUUAAAAAAUAAUUUGUCUCAAAUGUGAAAAAGCUAUUGCAUAGUAAAAACUCCAACUGAAGUUGGUUUUACCUGAUUUUGUUAAUAUUCCAAGAAAAAAUAAAAAGUAACCAAAUGUUUAAUGUAAACUAGCGCGGAAAACAGGCACUAUUACUACACUUCCAUCAAUUAUAUUCAGUUGGAUAUUUAACCGUCUUUUACUUCUGAUGAAAGAUUGCGUCGUUGUCCCUCACUCCGCAGUCAGGGGGCAGUGUGGAGCACUGAGCAUGUCUAUUAAAACAUGGCGGUCUGACGAAGGCAGAACGUUACAUUAUCUGGACCCGAAUAUACACAAACAGCGCAUAUGAUGUGUUCAGCUCACGGUUUAUGAAAUAAUUACGUCCAGGCGUGUGUACCGGUAAUGUCUGUAUGACUCCCGUGAGCCUCUACUGCUACGUUUUGUGACGCUGACUGUGGGAUUCGAUACCAAGUGACCGGAGUCUUGUUCCCGGUUUCUAUCGACGCUUUUUCAGCCUUCGCCACCGAGGGGAGGGAGCUCCUCUGCUUCUCAGGCUGCAGAAAAGCUGGGGGAAAAAACCAGCUUUACACAUGAAGAGGCAUCUGACCAGGUAGCACCGGAAACCCAGAGCUUAUGGACUCUGAACCAGAGCAGGAGACGCCGUCAGUGGAGGAGGUCCAAACGACCAGUUCCAGGGGACGACAGCGGAGGAAGAACCCCAAAUACUCUGAUUAUGAAGUGGAAGUAUCUCCACGAGUCCACUCCAGGCGAGGAAGACCUGCCAAAGUCAAAGCAGCAGAACAUGCUACACAGCAGCCUGUCGAUGGAGAACAGGGAGCAGCAGAACUAACACCUCAGGAGCUCGAUGGAAAAAACUCAGAAAAGAAAACCUCCAAAAGAGGGAGGAAGACCCGAGGGAGAAAAACUCCUGCUGGGAGAAAAACUCCUGCCGGGAGAAAAAGUCCUGCCGGGAGAACAACUCCUGCUGGGAAAUCUGCCGAUGUUGACGCAGGUCUUCCAGUCCCUGGUGGAGAAAGUGGACACGUGGACUGUGUGCAGCAGGAGAAUGGAACACCAAAACCAAAGAGGAAGUACACCAAGAGGAAAACCUUACAGACGGAACCACCUGUCACAGAAACACAGAGUGAGGAGCAAAGUGUCCAACCUGACAAGGAGGAGGAGGUGGAGCCCGGAGGUCGACGAAGGAGGAGCGCCGCAAAAAUGGCCUUGAAGUACCUACAGAACCUGGCUAACGAGGUUUUUGGUCAAACCACCGAUGAGAUCGACCCUGGUACCAAUGAAGUCACUCCAGACCCAGUGUCGACAGAAAAACGAGCCAAAGGAAGCACAGGACGUAGAGGGAGGAAACGUAAGAGACACGAUUCUGAGGACGAUGAAGACGAGGACUUUGUACCAACAGCUGAAGGGGAAGAUGAGGUGGAGUCUGAGGAGACGGGAGGCGAGGAGGAGCCUGAGCACCUGGAUCUGGACUAUGACUCUGGGAAAGGUGUACGACGUUCAUCAUCUUUGCUCAUCAAAAACCACAGAAAUAGCCUAGGUGUUGGUUCUAAAGGCAAAGCCCAGAACGGCCUCGUAAUGAACGUCAUGAACGUGGUCUGGGACGCCACCGAGACCACGAGGAAGUUUCGUGAGCAGUACUACAGCAGCUGGGAGUUUCCUGAGUGGGUCCCCUCCUCCAACCACUGGCUCCUGGUUCCACAAAGUGAUUUGGACAAACACCUGCCUCAGCAGCUUCAGUCUGCAGAGUUCAAGGUGACCAGAGAAGGCCUCAGUGAGGAGGAGACGCCUCUGAAGACCCUCGACAGGUUUGAAGCCACUGACGCCCACCCUGAACGCUGGGACAUGUCCCUGUACACUGGGGGCCCGGUCUGGGCCAUGGAGUGGUGUCCUACGCCUGAUGGUGCCGCUGCCACACAGUACGUUGCUGUGGCCUGUCAUCAGGGCAUGGACGACCUACACCAUGUCCACAAGAUGUACAGUGGACCAGGACUUAUUCAGCUGUGGGACGUGGGCAAACUGGAGUACAACCAGUGCCCAGACUCCCUGCCCACCUUGGCCUACGGCUUGGCCCACGACCACGGCUUCACCUGGACUCUGAAGUGGUGUCCUGCAGGAGCGUGGGAGCUCCCCAGCUGUGGGAGAAAGGCUCCUUUCCUGCCCCGGCUGGGUCUGCUGGCAGCUUCCAGCUCCACAGGUGUGGUCACCAUCUACAGCCUCCCCCACCCUGACGCCCUGAACACCAGCAAGAACCUCCAGCGCUCUGGAAAAAAGGUCCAAGAAUUACCAAUAUACAAGACAGAGGGCGUGGUCACCCUAAAGAUGGGCUCGUUGAAAUGUCCUCGCCAAGACCAAAGUGGACAAGUCCUGUGCAUGGACUGGCUGCCCCAAAAACCACACAAUGUAAUUGUUGUUGGAUUCUACGAUGGUGGAGUUGGAUUCUGGGAUCUGACCACUAAGUCUUCACUGUUACAAGUCAGAGAGUCGGACCAGUCUCUGAGUCUGCUGCCCUAUCGCUGCCUGCUGGCCCAUGACCACAGUGUCCGGUCCCUGACCUUCUGUCCAGCCUCCAGACACCUGUUGGCCACCGCAGGAGAAGACCGUUACAUCAAGACAUGGGAUCUACGCAGGCUGGACGGUCCAAACACGGUCCAGAAGAGAUACCUGACCAAUGAAAUCUGCUGGCCCCUGAACGCUCCAGGGCUCCUUAUAGCUCAGGAUAUCGCCUACGUACCGAAGGGCUCACAGGGAGUCCAUUACUUUGACCAUCACCUGAACUCAGUCUUUGCUGUUCCCAGGACUGGCAGUGUCUGGUCUAUGUCCCACUCUGAUUGGACCAACUGUGUGAUGUCAGCAGAUGCUCUGGGUGAGGUGAUCCUGGGAAUCGUACCUCACAUCAGUUUCUGUCCACCUUCAUAUCAAAAAGCAUUAAAGGACAGAAGAUUUUCUCUGUUGUAUCUUCAGCCUGUCUACGUCACCUCUCUGGUUCCUAACAACACCACUGAGGAAGAAAGUGAAGAAGAGGAGGAGCAGGGAGGAGGAGGAGGAGGAGGAGCGCCAUCUGAACAGGAGAUUGGUUCUGAAGGAGGGAGUGAAAACAUGAAUGGACGAGAGGAGGCGACAGAUCCAAAGAACAACUGUCUUCCUCUGCGCUUCCAGACGUACAGAGAGGCAGUGAGGAAAUACUGUCUUCACCACAAAGACGGUGAUAUGCGUUCUCUGUCAGGACCAGAGAAAAGAUCUCCAUGGAAACAGAUGUGUGCCACCGAAAUUAAUGGAAAACUGAACCUAGAUGACAUGACUCUGUCUGCUGUACACAAGGUUCGUUUCAACCCAAAUCUGUGCAGCCACGUCUGGGUGGCAUCAGGUGGACAGACGGGCAUCAUCAGACUGAACUGUGUCAGGGUCAUGAUCACUGAUUAUACCCAGACAAUAAUCAGCAAGAACCAGGUCCAGUUUGAAGAACAGCACUCCCCUAAAGACAAGGAGGAGGAGGAGGUGGAGGAGCAGAAGGAGGAGGAGCAGAAGGUGGAGGAGGAGCAGAAGGUGGAGGAGGUCCAAACGGAGCCAGAGCAGAGAUAGCAAAGGUGGAUCAUACUGCUGCAAAAAAAAAAAACUACAAAAACUAUACUGAAAUAUUUCAGAUGGAACAAUAUAUUUUUUUUCCAUUACGUUUAUCAUGUUAUCAUGUAUUUAGUUUUUUGUGUUACUUUGUUUUCAAAAGGUAUUACCUGUGACGAAUCAGUGACCUCAUCAUAUUAUUGAUCAAGCUGGUCAACAGUUGGAGAACGUGGUUUCCGAGCGCUCGGCUCUUUGAAUUGUUUACGUAGCUGAGUUUUAGUCGGGUUUUUAAUUCAGCUGGGAGGAUUUGACUUCAACAUGUCUAGUGUCAUCCAAUCAACUCUCAGGAUUAAUCAUACGGAACUCACGGCUGUUCAAGUGCAGUGAUGGUUAUGCACAGGUGUGCCACAGCGUACCCUACUGGUUCACCUAAACAUUACUACUGAACUUAUUUACAUUAUUCAGACUAAACCAUGCGUUUGUUUGUCACCAGUAACACAUUCCAUCAUGUUCUCAGUGAACCAAGGUCUCGCCCCAGCAACACACACACACACACACACACAUACACAGCACUCCGGGGUGGAGAUGUUUGAAGACGGUGGUGGCCACUUUUCACUGUAGUCGUCUCCUUCAAAUCAGCAAGUACCAGUUAUUAUAAAGUCAUCUUUUAUCCUUUAGUGACCCUGCUCUCAUGUAUGUUCUGUGAACAUCCCGGCCCUAAAUGUCGUUGACAAAUGUCGGUCCAUUUGUUAUUCACAUACUGUUUUGAUCUUUGACUUUGAAUCCUUACGACACCGACGGCACCGAGAGCCUUAAAGUUCCAGACAGGACCAUUUUCGGGUACAAUUUUGUUUCAUCCAAAAUAAUCUUGAAAAUGAACCUCGUUUUUGCUGCUGUGUGUUUGUUCUAUGAAAAAUAUUUUUCCGAAAAUCUUGGGCCGUCAGGGGAAAUACUUGAAUAUUUUUAUAAUGCGUCAGCGUUACGUUGGCUUGACUAAACACAGGUUUGUGUGUUUUACUGCAUCACCCACGUGGUAUUCUUCAGUUUCGUUAGCAGCGGUGGUUACGUGGAAAUACAUGAUUUGUCGUUUUCUUUCAUUGUUAGAAUGUGCGUCUUGUUUUAAAAGAUAGUUAUUCUCUAGUCACACUGGUGCAGGGUGACGUCCAGUACGUUUGUUGUUUACAACCAUGACUGCAGACAGUAUGAUCAUGACAGUCGUACACCUGCUGUCACCUUGUUUUACUCUCUUGUUCUGUUCUGUUAUUAAACAAAUAAAUAAAGGAGACGUUACGAACUUGUUAAA